AUGUUCAAUGCAAAGAAUCAAACACAAUUCAUUGAUCGUCCUACAGGAGAAACGAAUAAAACGAUAAUUGUGAUGGUUCCACCGAAAUCGGAUGCACCGGUUUCGUUCCUUGUGAAAGCAUUGAAGGUGGGUGAGAUGGAGAUCCGAGUGAAUGCAUCGAUCAUGCAAGGCGUUAUCUCGGAUAGCUUCAAGAAAAUCUUAAAAGUACUUCCUGAGGACAUAGCGAUUCUAAGAUCAAAACGAACGCCAUUCCAUCUUGACGCUUCUACAACCCAAUCGUUCAACGUUUCUCUUUCUAUCGAUGAGAGAGCUGUGAAUAGCUCCAUUUUAAUUGGGGGUAAUUUUAAUCCGGAUCAAAACCGCCCAAAAGAUGUUUUAAACAACUAUAAUUUAUCACUUCAUUACGGUGAUACAGUUAUAGUUACACAUAUAAAUUCAGAAUCCAAAGAGAACAUCACGAUUGAAUCGAUUCCGGAUCAUAUCAGAACAUUAUUUGUGAUGGUCACCGGUUCCGGCUCGGGAUUGCUUCAGGUCAACUGGCAAUAUCGUCUAAACUUGAUGCAUUUUAAGCCUCGUUUCAACCUAAAUAUGACCAAUCAAGUGACUACUUCUGUGUGGAUGAGGGAGUUUAAUAUUUGUUGCAGCUUCAUUCCGAAGAAUGGAAUGCAGUAUUCAAACCGCACGGUUGUGGAAGUGAGCAUACCGACAGGUUACGCGAUGGACCAGCACAAUGUAAUUGAGACAGCAAAUACAAAUCCUUUCGAUAGAGUAGAGAUACGACACGAUGGAACGACGAUGCUGUUAUACUUCAACAAAAUGGAUAAAGAGACGAGUUGCUUCAGCGUUUUCGCGUACAGAAGAUAUAGACUACCGCGAAGGCGUCCCUCAUAUAUCAUGGUGCAAGAUUACUACCACCCAAAGCUCAAUGCGAUAAUGCUGUUUGACCUCUAUUAG